AUGCAUCGAGCUCCACAACUGCCAUCGACGGCUGCUAGGGUUUCGAUCUUUGCCUCCACCGUGGCUGAGAUAUGGAGAUCAUCAAGCUCUACCAUUGGAAUCGAAUCCGGCAUGAAGGAAAUCUGGGUUUCUUCCAGAUCCAGCGAAAGAGAAGAGAUAGUGGAGAUGGAGGGCAGCGAAAGCGAGGUGAUUUUUGAUUCCUUAAACCUCAACCCGCAGCUAUUCCUCAACGCCGCCCUAAACAUCGUCGACGAAUUGAUCGCGAGCGCCUUCGAGCAUCUUCAUCAGGAGGCUUCAGCUCAACUCAAGGUCGAUGCUUCAGAUAGGGCUGAAGAUUUAACCAAGGGCUUGGAUUACAUCCGAAAAGCAAUUCAAUCUUCAUUGGACAAGCGAUUGACUAUGUGGGAGAAGUACUGUUUUCUUCGCUUAUUUGUGGUUCCAGAAGGAUUUUCACUGCCCAAAGAUGAUGAGGCAUCUGUUGGUGAUAUAAUGGAUGUUGAUGUUGUUGGACUUGGUAUCCCUGAUCUUGACUCCCAGUUGGUGUCCUUGAGAACAAAACUUACUUCGGCUGAACAGGAGUCUGUUCAAUUGAAGAGAGAGAUUCAAGCAUUGGAAAGACAAUCUUCCAUUAACAACAAUCAAGCAACUGCCAUAAGUGAACUAACAAAGCUAUCUGACCAAAUUUCUGAAAAUGUUGCAUUCCAAGAGCUGCAAAAACUUGCAGCAGAAUUACACACAAAAGUGGAGAAGUUAAAGACUGAAAGAGAGGAUGAAACUCAAAGUGCUAGGUUCCAGAAAUUGCAUUUAUGGAAUGAAGAUUUAUUAAAGAUAAUUGGUGGAAAUGGCCUUUCCAAUGCAAAGCCAGAAGAAGUUGAAGGAUUUCUUGCAGGUUUCAACACUCGUUGAACUUCUACAAACCUGUUAAAGCCAAGCAAGAAUUCUUCUCUUUGCUUAUAUGUGUAUUAAAUGAAUCAAAUAUUAAAAAAAAAAACAUCAAGAACUGCAUAUGAAUUUGGUGCUUUUAGAAUGACCAUGAUUCAGUUAUAAUGUUUCUUCCUCACUCCCCAACACCACCACUAUGUCUGUUUCAUGUUGUAGUAAACUAGUAAAUGAUAA